UAAUCGCUUAAGAAAUACCCUACCCCUGUAGUGGUCACCUAUAACAUUAGUAUGUGAUGUAACCAGAUAGGACUAUGCACAUUUACCUAUCGUACCUUUCCUUUGUGAUUUCAGGCUCUUCCACAGAUACGGAGACAGUUCCACCGGAGGGGGAGUAUAUAGAGGAGCACAGGGGUCUGUACAAGGACGUGAUUAUGGAGAAUCACCGGCCCCUCACAUCACUGGAUGGACCCAAUAACAGAGAUACCCCAGAGAGAUGUCCCCGUCCUCUGUAUUCCCAGGAUUGUACAGAGGAGAAUCACAGUAUCCCACAGGAGGAUCAGGUAGAACGUCUUUCUCGUAUAAAGGCAGAAGAUAUAGAGGGAGAAGAAGAGACGUAUGUGACUGAUAUAAAGGCAGAAGAUAUAGAGGGAGAAGAAGAGACGUAUGUCACUGAUAUGAAGGCAGAAGAUAUAGAGGGAGAAGAAGAGACGUAUGUGACUGAUAUAAAGGCAGAAGAUAUAGAGGGAGAAGAAGAGACGUAUGUCACUGAUAUGAAGGCAGAAGAUAUAGAGGGAGAAGAAGAGACGUAUUUGACUGAUAUAAAGGAAGAAGAUAUAGAGGGAGGAGAAGAGACGUAUGUGACUGAUAUGAAGGCAGAAGAUAUAGAGGAAGAAAAAGAGACGUAUGUGACUGAUAUGAAUGCAGAAGAUAUAGAGGGAGAAGAAGAGACGUAUGUGACUGAUAUGAAGGCAGAAGAUAUAGAGGAAGAAAAAGAGACGUAUGUGACUUAUAUAAAGGCAGAAGAUACAGAGGGAGAAGAAGAGACGUAUGUGACUGAUGUAAAGGAAGAAGAUAUAGAGGAAGAAGAGACAUAUGUGACUGAUAUAAAGACAGAAGAUACAGAGGGAGAAGAAGAGACGUAUGUGACUGAUAUGAAGGCAGAAGAUAUAGAGGGAGAAGAAGUGACGUAUGUGACUGAUAUAAAGGCAGAAGAUAUAGAGGGAGAAGAAGAGAAGUAUGUGAGGGGUGAUCAGCAGUGUAAGGAGGAGGAGAUCCCUACAGAUAUCAGCACAGCAGAUGGACACACAAGCAGGAAUAUCACAGAAGGACAUCAAAUGUUAUCCCCGGAUUGUGAUAUAAAAGAUGACAGUAGACAGGAUUCUCCAGGAGAUAACCCCAUUACCCCAAUUAUACAUCCAGCUCUAUCAGCUGAUCCCUCUGAUCCUGGGAAAUGUUCUCCUGAUCACUCUGAUAUUGGUGCAUCUGUUACAGCUCUGACAGUAGAUACAGUGUUUCCCUGUUCUAUAGAUGCCAAAUGUUUUACACAGAACACAAAGCGUAUUACCCAUCAGCCAGCUAAGGCAAGUGAGAGGCCACUGAUAUGUUCUGAGUGUGGGAAAUGUUUUACACACAAAUCAGCUCUUGUUACACAUCAGAGAAGUCACACAGGUGAAAAGCCAUAUUCCUGUUCUGAGUGUAGGAAAUGUUUUCCACGGAAAUCAGAACUUAUUACACAUCAGAGAAGUCACACAGGUGAGAAGCCAUAUUCCUGUUCUGAGUGUGGGAAAUGUUUUGCACAGACAUCAGCUUUUGUUACACAUCAGAGAAGUCACACAGGUGAGAAGCCAUAUACCUGUGCUGAGUGUAGGAAAUGUUUUCCACGGAAAUCAGAUCUUGUUACACAUCAGAGAAGUCACACAGGUGAGAAGCCGUACUUCUGUUCUGAGUGUGGGAAAUAUUUUGCAUGGAAAUCAAAUCUUGUUACACAUCAGAGGAGUCACACAGGUGAGAAGCCAUAUUCCUGUUCUCAGUGUGGGAAAUGUUUUGCAUCGAAAUCAUAUCUUGUUACACAUCAGAAAUGUCACACAGGUGAGAAGCCAUAUUCCUGUUUUGAGUGUGGGAAAUGUUUUGCAUAUAAAUCAAAUCUUGUUACACAUCAGAGGAGUCACACAGGUGAGAAGCUAUUUUCCUGUUCUGAGUGUGGGAAAUGCUUUACAUAUAUAUCAUAUCUUGUUAAACAUCAGAGAAGUCACACAGGUGAGAAGCCAUAUUCCUGUUCUGAGUGUGGGAAAUGUUUUGCAUUGAAAUCAAUUCUUGUUACACAUCAGAGAAGUCACACAGGUGAGAAGCCAUAUUCCUGUACUGAGUGUGGGAAAUGUUUUGCAUUGAAAUCAAUUCUUGUUACACAUCAGAAAAGUCACACAGGUGAGAAGCCAUAUUCCUGUUUUGAGUGUGGGAAAGGUUUUGCAUAUAAAUCAAAUUUUGUUACACAUCAGAGAAGUCACACAGGUGAGAAGCCAUAUUCCUGUUCUGAGUGUGGGAAAUGUUUUGCACGGAAAUCAGAUCUUGUUACACAUCAGAGAAGUCACACAGGUGAGAAACCAUAUACCUGUGCUGAGUGUAGAAAAUGUUUUGCACGGAAAUCAGCUCUUGUUACACAUCAGAGAAGUCACACAGGUGAGAAGCCAUAUACCUGUGCUGAGUGUGGGAAAUGUUUUCCACGGAAAUCAGAUCUUGUUACACAUCAGCGAUUUCACAGGUGAGAAGCCAUUUUCAUGCUGAGAGAUAAAUAAAUCCGCUCUUGUUGAACAUAUUAGACAUUACCCAAGUACGGGACCAUUUAUAUCUUCUGGAGUAUAAUUAUCACUCGUGCAAUGUUCCUCAAGGGUCAAUUCUAUCUCCUAUGCUUUAUAAAAUAUACAUGCUACCAUAGGUUAUAUAAUCAGACAUCAUGGCCUGGUCUACCACUGCUAUGCAGAUGACCUGCUCUUUGCUCCAUGUACUGAGAACCUAAUACCAAUCCUAAAUGGUUGUCUAGCGAGAGCGCCAGGGGUGGAUGAUGCCAGCCCAGCAUUACAUGGUCCAAGGUACUAGAAACAGCUUCUGCCUCCUUACUGCCCCGCUUGCUUGCUUCUACAGAUGAAGGACUGUUACCAGCAGUACCAAGAAUCUCCUGUAAUUCAUUUAUGGGUUGAACUUUUAGCUUUGCAGCCCUGACCAUGGAACUCACUGCCUUGCACAGUCCAAGAGCCCUCCACUCUAGAGACCUUCACAAGCAGACUGGUGACUGUUACUCACGCUUUUCAUUAAUGUACCUCUAUUUAGUUCCUAAAUAAUACAUCCCAAAUGCUUUAGUCUUUUCUCUGACGUCCUAGUGGAUGCUGGGGACUCCGUAAGGACCAUGGGGA